UUUUAUCAAUCAAUCACAAGCAAUGAAAGGAUAACAAUAAUUUAAAAAAUAUAUAGGUGUAUAUAUAUACUAUAUAAAUAUUUAAAGAAAAUAAAUAAUACGUAUUGAAAUAAUUCUAUUCAUCCAUUCUUGAAUUCUUCACAACAUUUAUCACUGCAUACGGUUUGUUUGGGCGAUGUACGGUGCCGAACAUAUCCUAUGCCAUCCGAGGCACAUGCACAAAUCAAAUGGCUAUUAAAGAAACACACGGACACAGACAAAAGUUUGUGGAAGAAAUUGAUUACGAUGAAAUUGAAAAGCUUGAAAUUGUUGGCAAAGGGUCAUUUGGUGUUGUUUACCGUGGACGGUGGCGUAACAACUAUGUGGCUGUCAAACACAUUGACACCGAAGCUGAGCGUAAAGCAUUUACAGUCGAAGUUAGACAGUUGUCUCGAGUCAACCACCCUAAUAUUGUCAAAUUAUAUGGUGCAUGUACAUCAAAUCCUGUUUGUUUAGUAAUGGAAUUUGCAGAAGGCGGAUCAUUAUACAACGUAUUACAUUGUAAACCUGAGCCUCAGUACAAUUUGGGACAUGCUGUUAGCUGGACAUUACAAUGUGCAGAAGGUGUAGCAUAUCUUCAUAAUAUGAAACCUAAACCAUUAAUUCAUCGUGAUUUAAAGCCACCAAAUUUACUAUUAGUAAAUGAAGGAAAAACUUUAAAAAUAUGUGAUUUUGGGACGGCUUGUGACAAAAAAACUUAUAUGACCAAUAAUAAAGGUAGUGCAGCUUGGAUGGCACCUGAAGUAUUUGAAGGUUCAAAUUAUACUGAAAAAUGUGAUAUAUAUAGCUGGGGUAUUAUUUUAUGGCAAGUUUUAACAAGACUGAAACCAUUUAAUGAAAUUGGAGGAUCUGCUUAUGGAAUUAUGUGGGCUGUACAUAAAGGAACCAGACCACCAUUAUUUGAACACUGCCCUCGACCGUUCCAGGAUUUAAUUACUGAGUGUUGGGAUCAAAAUGCAAAUGUUAGGCCAUCAAUAGAUCAUGUCGUUCAGGUUAUGAGGAUUUUAAUACAAUUUUGUUCUGGGCAUGACCAACCAUUAAUAUAUCCCAAUUAUUGUUAUACUAUUAGUAGUGAAUUUGAAGAUGACAGUACUUCUGAAGAUUCUUGCCCAGAAAUUUCUGACUCUUAUAUUGAAAGUUUAAGAAGUCAUAAAGGAAUUAAUGGAAUGUUGACAAAUGAUAGCUUAAAUUCUAAUCCAAAUUUAUCAUUACCUUUGAAUGUUGAUGUAGAAAAUAAAUUUGAUCAAUACGAAGACUUAAAAAUAUUAACCAUGCCUGGAUUUGACAAAGUUGGUGCUUAUCAAACUGUUGACUCAACUGAUAAGGAAGAUGAAUCAAAUUCACAGGGUCAAAGUCCACUUAAUGACACUAAUAAUGUAAAAGGUGUUUCUGGAACAAAUCCGGAACUGGAUAAUUUGUACCUGAUGCUAGAUCAACAAUUGCAUCCGAUACCCCCAGAUAACACUUGUCCACAAUCAGUCCAAAUAUUUGAAGAACAUAAGCAGCUGGCUCAAGAAUAUUUAAAAGUACAAACAGAAAGAGCAUAUUUAUCAAGACAUAUGGAGCAAUUGGCAGAAAGACUAAGUCGAGAAGAAAUCUUGUGUGAUGAAGAAGUAGACGAAGAUGACGAAGAAAUUAAAAAGCUCAAAAAUGAAAAAGAAAAUUUAACACAAUUAAGCCAAAACCUCAAAAAACAACUAGAAAUGAUACGAGUAAAAAACAGUAACCAUUCAGAUGAAAAUGAGCCAUCGUCAUAGUGAUCAUGAAUUGUUUUGUAUUUGACUAAGUAAUUAAAAGUAAAUUUAUUUAAUUUACUUUGCAUCACAGUACGUUACAUUAGGUAACAACAGUCAAUGAACUUAUUGAUUGUUAAAUACUUAAAUAUGGAGCUGGCAGCAAAAUCAAUUAAUUCUCCAGUAUUUUAAUAAUUUAGUCUCUACUAUACCUGUUUAGGUUUUUUUUUUUAAUAUUCAAGACUAUAGUAAUUGUGAACCAAUAAUAUUUACAUACUUAUAAUUGUAUACUAUACACAUAAAGUCUAAUUUUAAUACUCAUGUAAUUUAUUUAUGAUCUCUCAAACUUAAAAAAAAAUAAUAUAUACUUGAUUUAAAAAUACUUUUCUAUUUCAAGUUUAAGGAUUUUUACUCACUUUUAAAUAUUAUUACCAUUGUUUGUUAAGCUAAACAAUAAAAAUUGUAAAAUUGUAUACCAUGUGCUACGCAUAAAACAUGAAAUAACAUAUAGCAUUAUUUUUUAGAAAAUGAAGAUUUAGUAUUUUAAACUUUUACCAAUGUAAAACAGACAACGUAAAUUUACCUUACUUAAAAAUGUAGUUCAAUCCAUAAAAAUCAAAUUAUGAUAUUAAGUCAUAUUCAUUUAUUACCUAUCAGCGAAUUAUAAAUAAGUUAAAAUUACAGAUUACAGUUAAGUUCCUAUAUUGAAUAUUAAUAAAUUAUCACAGAAUAUAAGUAUGUUCAAAUAAAAGUUUGUCAUCAAUUAUCACUUAUCAGUAUACCAAAAAUACUGCCAGCUCUAUUUUACCUAUUAAAGACAAUAAAAAUAAAAUAAUACUUUAUCCAAUUUUAUUUUGAUAACAUAUUCUAUAUGUAUUUUUUUAAUAAUAAUUAAUUUUAAUUUUUCAAGUUAAGCUUGGUAAAUUAAGGGGUCUUGAACUUUGAUAUCUCUUACAGAAAAUGAAUGAAGAAUUAUAUUUCUAAAUAUAAUAUUUUAUAGAUAAAAAAUAAUUGAGAUGAACUUGCAUUUAUGUCAAAUUGACAUAUGUUGAACGUUUUUCCAUUAUACUUCAGUAUACAUAUACUUAAUUAUAUAAUAUAAAUAUAUAUUAUUAAUGUUCAUAUUUUGAAUAAUAAAAUACAAUUUUUAUAGUAUAAUUUAUUAAUAUAUAUAUAUAUUUUUUUUAUCUGGUUUAUUAUUAUGUAUUAUUGUAUUAAAUACGUACAACGUUAUAUUUCUAUUUAAUUUUCUGGUUAUAUUUUUUGUAUAAAUUGUUAUUAAAUGUGUGUUCUAGUCCAACAAAAUUGCCAAAUUUUUGUUUUUGAAUUUUAGAGUAGGUAUUAGAUUGUAUUUAGAAAUAUUUAAAUUAUAUUUUAUAAAUUUAAAUUUUAAACACAUUUAUAAUAUUAAUAAGCAAGAAAAAUAAAUUAUUUUUUUGUUAUUAUUAUAAUUAAAUAUAUGUUUGAAAAAUAUUAAUAUUUGUAGGAAUAACAUAAACAACAUAAUGUUAAACACUUUAUUUGCAAAAAAAAAAAAAAUGUAUACAUAUAUAUAUAUACCAUAACAUAUUAUAUAGAUAUGUGUUUGUUAUUAUUUAUACAAUAUUAUGAAUUAUAUAUUUUAAUUAGCAGCCUACCUAAUACAAAAAUACACAGUGGUGGCUAUCCUUUAGAUAUUAUGUAUUUUUUCAACAAUGUAUACAUUUGGUAGGUAAGUGGUUUGUUAUUUAAUGAUUAAUAAAUAAUAAUCAUUUAUUAUAAUAUAACUAAAUAAUGUAACAUAAUUUAAACCAGAGAAGCCUCUUUGCUUUGGAGGAGUAGUAGGUAUUAAAUAUAAGUAUAAUGUAAUAUCAUACUUGAGUAGCUCAUUGUAACGGCUAAUGGAUAUAUUAAAUUUGAAUUGAAACUAAUA